CGGAACCUCUUGUGGUCGGACUCUACGGAGAGGUUUCAGUGUAACUCCAUAAUGGCAGCUCUGAUGAAAACACAUGUGAUGUCUUCUGGAGAUGAUGGAAAGCCUCAGUUUGAGGAAGACGGUGACCAGAGGGAUUCUGAAGGAGGGAGCAACGACGAAUCAGAUGAUGGAGCGAGCGAUGGUGGUGACGGAGAUGGUGAAGGAGGGAGUAAUGAUGAGGAGGGAGAGGUUGAUAAUGCCAAUGCCGGGUGGGCUGAGGCCAUGGCGAAGAUCCUUGGUAAGAAAACCCCUGAGAGCAGAACCAGCAUCCUGGUGAAGAACAAAGAGCUGGACAAGAUGAAGGAGAGGGAGAGACAGGAGCAGCUGGAGAGAAAGAAACAGGUUGACAAGAAGCGAGCUUGGGAGAUGAUGUGCAGAGAGAAACCUGACGUAGUGAAGAACCGCGACACUGAAAGAGCUCUGCAAAGAAUUGCUACCAGAGGGGUGGUGCAGCUGUUCAACGCUGUGAGGAAACACCAGAAAACCAUCGAUAACAAGGUAAAAGAAGUUGGUGGAUCAGAGAGGAAGAAGGCCAAGUUUCUUUCGUCCGUCUCUAAGAAAGACUUCAUCGAUGUGCUGAGAAGGACAGAGGGAGGCAGCGGAGCCAACAGCAGGACUGAAGACACUACUGUGGCAGCAGCAGCGCAGCAGUCCUCCUGGAGUGUCCUCUCAGAUGACUUCAUGAUGGGAGCCACCAUGAAAGACUGGGACAAAGACAGUGACAGAGAGGAGGAUGACACUGUCAAAACUGACUGAAGGGACUGUGUACAGCAGGUUGUGAGGCCUUCAGGGACAUUCUAGGGAACAGAAACCCUAACCUGAAGAGAACAGCUGGACCUCAGGAAGUGUGGGACUGCUUCAAUCCAGUAGCAAGCCCUACCCCUUUUCCACUCUGUGAGACAAACCAUGUGAAAACAGGAUGACAGAGAUGUUGGACCUGGUGGAACUUGGAGGAGCUCCUUAAUCAUACAAUUUUCAUAUCAUUGUAUACUCUGUAAAUAGGAAUGUUUUAAAUAAACAACCAAUUGCUGA